AACUAAGAAUGCAUUGAUUCCAAUGCAAUAUUACAGCAGUUAUUACUUUUCUCUUGUGCUAUUUAUUAUUUAACAAUUUAAGCCGGCAAGAAAUCAAUUUAAAUUCAAAAUAAAUGUUUAUCUAUAUCGCGCGAUUGUCUGAAAACAAUCGACCUGCCGACCUAUCGACAGUGCCAUCGAAGUUUUGACAGCUCUAGAAUUUUGUCUUUCUAAUUCGUCUACGGGUAACUUUUUUUUUUGUAUUUAUAGUUAAAAAUUCGAUACGAGGACGGGAAUUUUCAGCAAAUUUUGUAAAACAAAACGUGUUUGUGCUCCUGCCACAUUCGCUGUCGUCGUCGGUUUCAGUUUUUCUCGCUCUUUUCGCCUGCGUCCGCGCUCGGUUUCCAAUUGAAAUUGCGGAGGCGGCCGCAAGGGGACGACUGCAGCGGGCAGUGCGCACAGGAGGAACAGGGACGGAGACUAGGACUCCCGACCAAGUGCAUCCCCCGCCCGUGUGUGUCCGUCUUCCUAAUGCAAUUCUGGCGGAGCGAAGCGCGCUCAUAAAAAUCAAAAGUAUAUAUAGCUAGAUGUACAUGUAUAUAUAAUAUUCGGAUACGUUUUCUCGAUUCGCUCGCCCAUGCAUAUGUAUUUGUGUAUUUAAAUCAGUAUCACAACAGCACACACACAAGCAUACGAACGAACGGGCAUUUGUUGUGUGUAGCGCUGCGUUUUCUUUUUUUUUUGUGUGUUUCGAUUGAGAGUUUUGGCCGUGCGUGUUUGUGUGUGCGAGCGAGAAAGUGGUAACAAGAGGAGCUGCAGCGAACGGACAACAACAAUAGGAGGACCAGAACAACUAUUUAGCAGCAUGACUGCCAGUCGCUCCACUGGCGAAGCGCUGCCACGAAGUGUUUCGGGCCGCGUCCGCGUCCAUGCCCGCUAGAAGCAUUAGCAUUAGCAAACAGGACCACUAGUAUCCUUUUACCAGGAUCUCCUAUUAUUAGAUUCAGAAGGCGGCACACAAUUUGGCACAAUGCCGCGCUUUCGCAACGAGGAGCCCGAGCAGUCGCACUAUGUGGAUGGCGAUGUCGUCUGGGUAAAGAUCCACAAUACAGAGAUCUGGUGGCCAGGCGAGGUGACCUCCUCGCAGGACUUUCGCUUUGUCAACGCCAGCCGGCCGCCGUUUGCCGUUGUGGCAUUCUUCAACGAAAAAACCUUCGAGCAAGUCAAGUCAGCUAAACUGAUUUAUCCCUUUCAAUGCGCUCACAAGGAGGAGUUCAUUAGGCUGGGCACCAGUAAGUAUAAAAAGUCCGAGGGACAUAACAUGGGCGACAAGUUCAACGAGGAUGUGGCAAUCGCUGAGGCACGCUUCCUGGGGACACCGCACCAGCUCUCCAGCUUGCAUGCUGCAUCCGCGUCCGCCUCCCGACCAGACAGCCUCAUUAAGGCCCUCCUCUCGAGCAGCACCAGCAGCAGUCAGCGCAACAGCAGCACGCGCAGCUCCAGCGGUGUUCCCUCGCCGGCAGCAAAUCGACAGCCAGAGCCCACGUUUCGCAUCAUGGACAUUGGCAGCACCAAUGAGUCGAGUCGCGAGCGACGCGUCGACGAUAGCUACGACUGUCACAUGUGCAAUUUUCGCACCACCAGCAUGGAUGUGCUGCUUAUCCACCGGCGCGGUCACAUGGAGUCCAGCAGCAGCUACAGCAGCACCAACAGCACCACGAACAGCUCCAGCAGCAUUAGCAAACGGGCCACGCGUCGGGCCAACACCACGAACGCUUUUGAUCUGCGCCAAUUGUCGCAGCGGCGGAGUGGCGACAGCACCCACUUUCUGCCCAACUCAGUGCGAUGUCACUCGCGUCAUGUCUCCAUUGUGGUGGACGCCUCUUUAACGGACGAAGAGCAGCAAAGAGUGGCCAGCAUUGCCCAGCAGACAAUGAAAAGCAUCGAGCGUGUGGUUCAUCCCAGCAGCGCCUCAUCCUCCGCCUCGACCAACAGCCACAGUCGUCGUCGGAGUGUACGAAACAGCUGCUCAUCUUCGCAGCAGCCGCCGCCGGCGGUGCCGGUGCCAGUAGCAGUGUUGUCUGCUGUGGAGACUACCCAUCGCAGCACUCAGAAUCCACGCGAUCCGCGCAGCCAGCGUUCCAACCAGCUGCGAGCCACAAUGCCCGCCCCUCAGCCCCCGCCGCCGCCACCGGCGGCAAAGCAGCGUCGUCUAACGCGCUCUAUGAGUCGCCUUCAGCAGGGUACAUCAACGUUGGAACUGCCGCCUCCGUUGGCGCAAACAACGCCUAAACGUAGUGCCGGCCGACGGCGGACCCUGGCUGUCACAGCCGCCCCCAAUGAGUCGCCGGCUAUUGUGCCCAGGCGUAGCAAUCCCAUGCGAAAGACCUUAACGGCAGUGCCCGAGACAGCGUUGGCUACAGGCCGUCGCAAGCGGACGCUACCAAAGAACAUGGAGCCCAAGACACCCACGACGAUAUCGCCCAGACAAUCGCCUUCACCUACACCGCCGCCGCCGCCGCCGCCCGCUGAAUCUACGCCAGCAACCGCCGCUAAACAACUUCCAGAUGCAGAGGAUGUUAUAGCGGAGGAGCCACCAGCCCCUAAGAAACCACGACCCGAGGAAGAAGCAACUCCACCUGCCACGGUAAUUCACCCGCAGCAGCAGCAGCCGAACAACAUUGCCGGCUCCCUGGAAUUGCAGCGCAGUCUGAUGGCCGAGUGGUGCGAUGACGAGAUGGACGAGCUGCCGGAGGAGGAGGAGGAGGAGACGGCGGCUGAACCCAUGGAGCACUCGACGCCAAAUGGCAGGAAGGCGGCAGCAUUGGAAGAAGGCGAGCAGGAACCAAAGCGGUUGCCAGAGGACGAUGACGACGACGACGAACCGAAGCUGGCUGAGCGGAUGCCAGCCAAGAAGCGCAUACGCAAUAUACCAAAGAAGGAUCGACGUGAUGUGGUGCGGCAGGAGUUCGAUGUGGAGCCGGACGAGCCCAUUGUCAUCCCAGACAGCGAUGCCAGCUCAAACGAGAGCGUGGUCUUUGUGGACGAUGAGCCAAGGCAGCGGCGGAAGAGGCAUGCAGCUGGGGGUCAUAAUAGUUCCAAGUCCACAUCCACAUCCACAUCCUCAUCCACGCCCAAGGCGGCCAAUAACUCAUCUUGCUUUGACUUUGAGGAGGAGGAGGAGGAUGAUCUGCGGCAGCAGCAGCACACUGAAGGCCAGAAUGGGCUGAGCUACCGACGUGGCACUCAGACCAAUCGCUUGGACAUUAAUGGCAAAAGCCACUCGACAGCGGAGGUGGAGUCGCCGCCAGAGGCAGGAACCGAAGCAGAAGCUGAAGCAGCAACAGAAGCUGGUGAAAAGGAAGAGACACCAGCUGAGCCCGUGGCACCUGCCCAAGAUGAUCUCUUUAUGGGUUUCGAUGAAGUCCAGCAGAGUUUGGCUGAAGCAGAGAUUCAGCCGCAAGAGCCAGUGGAGGCGGAGCAAGCAGAACCCGAAAUCGAGGUGAUAGCGGAGGCUCAGAAAGAGCUGGAGGAAGCAGAAGCCGAGGCUGAGGCCGAGCUCGAGGUAGAGCCCGGUGAUCACCUAAGCCUGCCCAUCAAGGAGCGGCAGAAGCGCAUAUUCAAGUCACGCAACAAGUCCACAGUGGCAGCUCCGAAAGAAGAAGAUCUAGCCGUCCAGGAGGAAGUCCAGCCGGAGCAGCAGGAGCAGCCACCGACCAAUGGCAAUGGAGCAGCUGCUGACCAACUGGAUCUGUGCAAUGGCGAGGAGAACAACAGCAUGGCAGAGAGCAGGCGCCGCGACAAAACCAAGACUGAAUCAUCAAAGAGGCGCUUAAAGGCCAAGGCAACACGCCAGAAGAACCGCUCGCCCACUCCGGUGCCGGUGCCCGAGGAGCUGAGCAACAACAGCAGCAGCACCAGUACUAGUAACAGCAGCAGCAGCAGCAGCAACAGCGGCAGCAGCAGCAACAGUAGCAGCAACAGCAGCAACAGUAGCAGUAGCAACAACAGCCACAGCAAUCAUCUCUGCCGGCCCGGCUCUAGUCCAGGCCUGCUCUCGCCUGUUCUAAGCUCCAGCAACAGCUGCUCCAUUGCCUCCAACAUUGCUGUGAUCUCGCCGGAGGAGGCGCGCGAGCUACAGCGCUCCGCUUCGGGCGCCGGCCUGAUUCAUGCCGCCAUUGUAGAUGCCACGCAGCCGGUGCAGCGUGGCGGUGUGCUCAUCCUGGAGGAUAUACGCCUGCCCAAUCUGUAUAAGCCAUUCGGCAGUCUGUCAUCGUCAUCGGUCAGCAACGAUAGUCGCCGGCCUGUGGAACACCACGAGGGCGCAGGCAAAGAAGACGACGAUGACAACGACGACGAGCGUUCGCAGGACUCGAGGGCUUCGGAGCAGCCGGCGGCUGUGGAGGAGAAGCUGGAUGGGGUGAGUCAAGUGGUGGAUGACUAUGACGCUGAGGAGUCCUUGCUGAACGACAGCAAAAUAUCCGAGGAGGUGGCCCAUUCACCUCUCCUUCCCCAUUCCCCCGCCGAGGUCCUGCAUUUUGUGUCGCAGCCGCGCGAGGUGUUGCUGAAGAAGCGGGAACAGGAGCUGCUGCGCCAGUACAAGGCCGAUCUGGUCAGCGGGCGGAGUGCGGAGAAGUGCCGCAAGGCACGCGAGCGCUGGGGUCGCACGAUGCGAUCCACCGAAGAGAAGGAACCAACUGAGCAACCAACGGAGCAGGUGGAGGCGGAGGUGGCUACAGAGGCCACCCGGCCAGAGGAGGAUCAGUACGAUCUGGGGCAGAGUAAGGAGAAUAUGGAGGAGGAGGAGCUGCAGCAGCAGGCGGACGAGUCUAAGGAUUCCCUGGAUGCCGAAUUGGCCGCCAUAGAGCUUGUGUUGCCCACCAAUCUCUAUAAUCGUGGAUCUCGCCGUGCCCUUAGCCAUCCCCAUGCCAAUCUGGCUGUAGUCAGUGGCAGGAAGGCCAGCGGACACUUGGGCUAUGCCCAGACCCUGUGCGAUGCGGACGUGGCCAAGGCCCACCAGCAACUGGUGGAUCUUCGCGAGCAACAGCGUCGCCGCGAUCCAACGGCCGCCGCCGCUGCCACCACUACCACGCCACCGGAGCCACGCAGACAGCGCCGGAGAUCGCGAAAUCCGGCUAGCAAUGACCUGGUGGAGUGCACUUUCCGCUUUGACGUGGCCGAUGAGGCGUCGUGCGAAACCAAGGAGGUGCAGGAGAGCCUGACCCCCCAGCUAUGUGCCGGUCGCAUAUGCGCUGUGAUGACCCGGCCCAUACCGGGCUAUAACCACACCUUCAUGCUCUGCUCGCUGGCCAACAACAACUUUACGCCGCUUAACAAUGUGGCCUUGUACCUGGACAGCGAGAAGAAUCAUUUGGUGCCAGUACCGCGGGAGGCUCUAUUGGAGCCACCGCGCCUGGCCGAUGGCCAUCCGCUGUCGGCCGUUUUCGCGGACAUUGACAUCCUGGGCGAUGAGGCAGUGGCCCAGGCCAUGGAGCCCGUGGAGACGGAGACUGAGUCUCAGCCAGAUCUUCUCCAAAGUCAAAGUCAAAGCCAGGUGGAGGUGGAACGUAUGUCAACGGUGCAGAUUCUGUUAAGCGACUCGGAGAACGGCGAGGGCGGCGGCGGCGGCCACGAAGAGGAGCCAGUGGAAACGCUGGGCAUUAUGACACCACUCAGCCAGGUGGCCGAGGGCAGCGCCCUGGCUGCCAGCAGCAGUUACGUCAACGAAGACGACGGUCAGCUAUCCCUGCACGACGAUCAGGUGGACUCAAAUGUUCUGCAGCUAAACGUCAAUGGGCAUCGCCUGGAGCUGGAUCCCUCGAUGCUCUUUAGCAUCGCCGAGCAGCCCGAUUCGUGCAUCGAGCUGAGUGUAGCCGAGACGAGUCCCACUACCGGCGGCGUUUGCGGAGUGGGCAGCACCACCACAGCCGUGCUGCAUGCACGCGAUAUCCUGCAGGCGGCCCAAGUCUAUCUACAGGAGCGCGAUCUGCAGCUGGUCAAUGUGGAGGACAUGACCCUGGACGGUGAGGAGGCCAUGGCUGUGCCCGUCACUGACCUCCUCUCGCAGGCUCUGGCCGGCAGCCAGGUGGUGGACGAUGAUGAUUUUGUGGACGCGGCCAAUGCUGGCGUUGGCAGCCUGCUUCACAUUGAUACACGAACCGCUGGCGGCGGCGGCGGCGGAGGAGGAGACAGCGUUGAGCCGGGCGUCAGUGUGGUGUACAUCUCGCAUGCCCUGGCCCCGCCGGCCGCUCAUCUCACGCCGCCUAUAACGGCGCGCACCAAUGAGACGAACGCCCUGCUCGACCAGACGCCCAUUAUGUCAACGCUGGAGAAUCCGAGCGGUGGCCUGCAGCUGCGCCGCGUCUCGCCGCUCGCCGAGGGCAAUCUGGAGGACAGCCUGGCGGUAAUUGGUGUGACAAAUGGCAGCGGUGUGCCCACCUCGCUGGAGCUGCCCAUAACCGUUACCAAUCCGGCCAUAGCACCGCGAGUGACGGCCCCAACGCCCAUCGUGGACAUGGUGCAGUUUGCGCCCUUUCAGUGAAUUGGAGCAGCAAUGAAUGUAUUUUUGUUUUUUCGAGAAUGCAGCGAAUCCAUAUUUUUUUUCAUUUAUUUUUAUAUAGUUUCUUUAAUUCCCUUUGUUUUUUUUUUCUUUGAGUGGUAGUUGAAUUGAUUGGACCCGAGACGAGGAAAUUGCGAUGCAAUACACAAGCCUGCGACCAGCAGGUGCUUACAUGUUAGUUCACUAGCUCCUAAGUUAGAGAUUCCUACACGCGCCCAGACGCCCCCUCGACAUUGCAAAUGCAGGCGGCGGCGGCAAACCACAGUAGCACUUACCUAAAUAAGCUUGUAAUUUACUAACACAAACAAAAAAAAAACACAACCGAAAGAUCAGAAAAUGAACAGAAUAUAGAGAAUAGGCACCAAAGCAAAACACUUGCGAUAUACAAGGUGGAGUUGCACUACGAACAAUACCUAUUUCUGUGCAUUCAAAUACCCAAAGUUGUGGGUAUAAUUGUUCGCUGGAACACUCUACCCCAAUGUGUAAUGUAAUGAUGUACCGAGACAAGUGUACGAGGAGGAGUCAGUGUCUAAGCUAAGUUAAAUGUGUGUGCCCUCGUCGGUGCGGAUCGAGAUGCUCGAGUUUGGGGCAUCGAUUUCAAUAAAGGCAACGGAAUGCUACAGAAAUAAUAAUAAUAACCAAA